GAGCAGAGGCGCUGCUGGUAGUGGGGCUGCUGUGAUUCAUGGUGUGGUGGAGCCUCAUUUUUUGGAUUUGGAGAAAUUUAAUGCAGCCAGAACAGAGCGCAUGAAGGAGGAGAUGAUGAAUGUGGAAGCUCUGAGCAGAGCAGAGCUGCUAACUCUCCUCAGUAUCCUGGAGGGAGAGCUGGAGGCCCAGGAUGUGGUCAUACAUGCCCUCAGGGCUCAACACAGGAAUGCCUUCAUCCAAGAGCGUUACGGCCAAUACGACCUCAGCGACCCUUUCUUGGCCCUUCAGCGGGACAGUGAGGCUGUGGAGCGCCAGCAAGCACACACCCAGCCUCACACACACCCGCAGCAUGGAGCAGUGGGACCCAACCCUCUAGCUGUCCUCAAACUGGUCAUGGCCCACUGCAAGAGGAUGCAGGAGAGGAUGAUGGGACAGCUGGCUGCUGCUGAAAGCAGACACAGGCGGAUGAUUACUGAUCUGGAGGAGGAGAAACGGCUGCAUGCCAAGGACUCAGCACAGGGUGAUGAUGUCACCUUAAUGCUGCAGACAGAAAGAGACAAACUGCUGCAGCAGUUGGAGCUGGAACGUGCAGCAGUGCGGCGGCUAGAAAAGGAACAAGAGCAGGCAGUGGGCAAGGCGGAGGAAUCUCUAUGCCAGCAGCAGCAGCUAUCCUCAGCUCUGACUCUGGAGCUCCAGAAAGCCAGCAGCCAGGCCCUGGAGGAGGCUCAGAAGGUGGCCGAGCUCCGCACCCGGCUCCAAGAAGAGAGCAAUACCCUGGAGAGCCUCCGGAGGGCAGUGGAGGGGGAAAAGGACAGGGCAGCCCAGCUAGAGGCCAGGGCUGAGAGGCAGCUGGCUGAGUUUGACACAGAGCGAGAGCAGAUGAAAAGCAGGAUCAGGAGAGAGGAGGAAAGGAGUAGAGAGCUGGAGAGACAGGUGGAGGAGCUAAGGAAAAGGCUGGAGGGAAGUGGAGGAGAGAAAGACGAGGUAAAAGAGGCUGUGAAGCAGGUGAAAGAGUCACCUCCCAAGAUGUUAGUGGUGUCCACCUCUGUUCAGACUGAGCCUGAUGGGAAGAUUAAUGUCACUCCCAAAACCACCACAGUGUCGAAGGUUAAUGGCCACCACAUCUUAAAAGACACAGAUUCAGCACAGGAGGCCAGAGGAGCAGAAAAUGGAGUGGUGGUAGAGAAUGGGGGAGGAACAUCUGUGCAUUCCCCACUCCACCCUCAUCCUCACCCUCAAUCCCCCUCCAGCACGGCCUCCUCUUCCCUCUCCUCCUCUCCCAUCUCCUCUCCUGUCCUGGCCAAGCGCCUGGGCAGCCCAGGCUUCCAUCAGUCCUCCUACCAGGCUGGGGUCAACCAGCGAUUCCAGGCUGCCAGACACAAGUUCCAGACCCAGGCUGAGCUGGAGCAGCAGCAGUGUGGUUCUGCCCCACUAUCCCCCAGAGACCUGUCCCCUACCACCACCCCUAUCCCUCCCCCUCCAGAAAACAGCACAGCCAAGCAGCUGGCUCGCAACACUGUUACUCAGGUGUUGUCCCGAUUCACCAGCCAGCAGGCCGGCGUCAAGCUGGCCCCCAUUAGCAGCUCUCCAUUUGGGACAGAUUACCGCAACCUGGCAGCUUCUCCUCCUGGGGGGAGAUCUCCUACUUGUGGACCCCUCUCUCCGGGCAUCCGCUCUCCCCUCACGCCUCGCUCAGAGAAGAACCACCCUCCUCCGAUCCCUCCCAAGAAGCCAGGGAUGAGUCCGACCCCAGGCUCUCCGGGCCCCACUGCUCGGGCCAGUGUCUUCCCAGAGCUGACAGGGAACUGUGUGCACAACAGCAGCGGGCAGGAGGGAGCCAAGGAGUCUGAGCUGGUAUUAUCUUCCAGCAGCUAACAGGCCAUAUAGAUUGACAGAUUAAUGGAUCAACAGCUGCUGUGUUAUUCAUAGGCUUACCCUCCAAUAACUUUCACAGCACUAAUAACCAACAGUAAACAAUCAAACCUAACACUUAAAACCUGGAUUGGUUCAAACAGAUGCAUUUACAAGGGUAUGUUUUACCCCUACCUCUGUACUACUAUAUGGCAAGCAAUCAGAACACUAUUUGAAGUAAAAUAUAGUAUAUAAUGGAUUCUUUUUAUUGGAAUUAAUAUUGCUUGUAUUAACUUUCCUUUGUUUAUUCUUUUCUAAACAAUUUUGAAAUGACUUUUUGUAUUUUAUUUCCAUUUGGAACUGAAAAUAUCCCAGUUAAUACACACGUCAACCCCAUGAUCAUAUCUUGAGAAACCAUAUAAAAAGACAAGAGGACAAGAUAAAGGCAUGAGUAGGG